CCUUCAUGUAUGUGUAUUGUAUUAUAUUGUGUAUAGUAAUGAUCCACGAGUAAAUCGAAAAUUGAGAGAGAAGGGAAGGAAGUCAGGUCAGGAGUCUGAGAAAUCACGUCAGGUCUAUCACGACCCUUACAGUCUAAUUAAGAAGAAGAUUUUCUGCCAAACGAAGCGGCCCUAGAUGGAUUUGGUGGAGCUCUGGGCAAUUUUCGGUCCAGGUGUAUCUGGGGCUAUCUUCGGGGCCGGUUGGUGGUUUUGGAUCGACGCCGUUGUUUGCAGCUCCGUCAAGGUUUCCUUCCUCCACUAUCUCCCUGGCAUUUUCGCGUCUUUGGCUGCUUUGAUGUUCAAUUGUGUUAGGAAAGAAGACAUUGAUUACUCUCCCUACGAAGAAGGCGAGUGGAGGUUGAAGCUUUGGCUGUUCUUUGCAUAUGUUGUGUCCUUUGUUUCUCUCGCUGCUUCAGUGGGUCUUCUGAUACAAGAUUCACUUGUGAAAACUGGCCCUUCGGUAUGGACAGGAACAGCUGGUGUCUUGCAGUGUGUGUUUGUGUUGGUCAGCGGGCUGAUGUAUUGGACUGUUCACUCGGAGUAACUGGGAAAUUGCUUCAAACGGUUUCUUUUUAAAUACUCAAUUCCAUAAGUGAGAAAUCAGUUGUGAAUUUGCUUUGUCUCACUUUUACUUAUUGUACAAACGAUUCUAUAAAAGACAGGUCGCCAUGUAAAUGUUGUUUGUAUUCACAAUAUUGUUAUGUUAUUCCAACUAAAUGUGAUGUCAUUGUGGUAAUUUCAACAA